ACAAUGAUGAUGAUGAUGAUGAUGCGUACGACGAACUACAAACAACACCUUGACGAAGAGGAAAGGAAAAGGGAAGAGGAUGCGGUUGACUUUCAGUUGUAGUCAUGGAGAUGGAAAGUUGAGGCAACACAGCUCAUCAUCCAUCGGAUGGUAGAAGCAGAAUAUCAUUCUUUCGUUAUCCACAGAUGGUCGUCCACUCCUGAUGGACAUUUCCGACCGACCUCUAUGACGUCUAUUUUUCGUGUAAAUAAUUUCGUCAGAAUGACGCAAAUUUUUACUGACGUCAGACGCAAGGCGCCAUUGAUACACGAGACAACAUCACAAACAUCAUACCACAACAUCUCAUCAUCUCUCUAGUGGCCAGCGGCUGACCGCAGCAUUUGCAGAUGUGCUCGCAGAAAAGGAUUCUGGACAGAAAAUGUCUGACUGUGACUAAGAUGGUUUGCUUCUGCAAAUAAAUGCAGUCUUCCCCCACCUCUGACGACCACUCGUACCAGCAGUCGGCGGCGGUGGUGGUGAAGGGCCUGUGGACCAGCAUCAUCGUCGUGGGUGCCCUAGGAAACGGUCUCGUUAUCUACACCAUGGGGAGACACGGCGAACGCUCAGCCACCAACUGCUACAUCAUCAACCUGGCGGUUUCCGACUUCGCCGUGCUUACAGUCGUCGUCCCCUUCACAAUGGCCAUGUUCACCUCCUACGACUGGCUGUACGGAGUCGUAAUGUGCAAAGUUACUGUUUACCUCAUCUAUGUCAUGCUGCAGGCCACCUGUCUGACUCUAACGGCGAUGACGAUUGACCGUUACUUCGCCAUCGUUCACCCAAUCUCAUCACUAAGGGACAGAACUCCACGAACCGCUAUUUUGAUCAGCAUCUCCACCUGGAUAGCGUCAUCCUUGGUGUGCAUCCCGUUCCUGGUGUACAGCCAGCUGCUGUACCAGCUCGAGCCCUCGGGGCUGCACGUGUACUGCGUGAGCCUGUGGCCCAGCGACACGUGGACCAAGGCCAUCACCGUGGCCUUCAUCAUGUCCACCUACGUCCUGCCGCUCUUCGUCAUUGUCGUCUGCUACACGCUUAUCCUCAAACACCUGGGGAGCAGAAAAGUCAGCUUCCGCCGAGAGGCCGGGGCUGGGGUCGGAUGCGUGGAGGCUGAGAUAAGCGAGGGGCCGGUGAUACGUCGUCGACGUAGGGUGGCUAAGACAGUCUUUGCAAUCGUUCUUCUCUUCGCCGUCACGUGGCUGCCCAUCCAUGUUUUUAACCUCUGCUACGUCCUGAUCGAUCCAUUUCCGAAAACUGCAUUUCUGUAUAGUGUGAAGAUCAUGUGCCAUACUCUGUCCUACCUCAACUCUUGCCUCAACCCGUUCGUCUACGGCUUCUUCGGUGACGGUUUUCGCCAGGCCUUCAGAAAGUCCUUCCCGAGGUGCAGCGGACGCAACCAAGUCGCCCCUUCUGUCCACGACACAACGAAUGUCCCGUCCACCAUGGAAACCAGGCUGGCGGCCGGUCCAAGGGCAGAGGCAGGGCACGAUGUUGUCGUCUCCUCGUCGGUUCCACACUUAGAAGAGUAAAUAUUUCAUAUAUUAAUUUAAUAUAUGACAGAAGUAAGGGUUAGGGGUUAGAGAAGUAUGCUCAUGACGAGUAGACUCAACCCAAACCACCCCUGUCAUGGAAGGUGAAGAUGGUAAGCGUGUUUACAGGUGCUCAUCGUGGAUAGAGUGACUAGAAUAGCUCAUCAUAUCACAAAGUCUCACAAACAGAACCAAAGUUUAGAGGAGCAAGCUGUUGUUCUUAGUUACAUUUACACUCAUGGAUGUACGUGGAUGAGAUUGAAAUCGUUUUACUAAUGUAAUGUCAGAAUCAGAUUUUUGUUAAUUAAAUAAACGCACGGGUCAAAUAAGUCAAGUCCUGCGCACGUGACUGGGUCGGAUGAACCCCGCUGUCGUCUGGUGAAUUCCUGACAGUCGUAUCCUGUCGGCAACUUGGUUUCUCCUUCAGCUCAGACCUGUGUGUGACACUUCCUGUGACGAACUGUCUGCUGCUUAGUUAAUGUCUUCGACUAGAAUAAUAGCAAAGAUGCUAGCAAGCACUCUUAGCACCAUGUUUGUAAAUAAAUUCUGUAUAUUGUCUUUAAUAUCCUUCUAAUAAUUAGCACUUUUCUCUACUCUUUUGUUUCGAUGUCAGAGUGGGUUGACAGAUUCAGUUCUUUAUCUGGUAUAUGUACAAAAAAAAGUUUAUAAUCCAUAUAUCCUGUCACAAACUGUCUCUUAAAAUCAAAAUCUUUCGACUGAAAUAUUUGCUUAUACUAUUAUACUAUUAUAUGCUUAUACUAUUAUAUUAUCUAAAUGGCUUACACUUUUACCAGUGGAAUAAGGUGUUGUUUAUUUGUACAGAAGAGGACAAGACAAAGAACACAUGUCGUUGAUUAUGUAAUUUUUUUUGCUGAUAAUUUCAUGGAUGCUUGAAACCUGUUGUCGCCCUUGACGCCCUUUCUCUCCGUCCUGUCUGUAUAUAUAAUCUACGUGUACUUGCUUAUCUUUCUUCAUCGUUUCCAUGUACCUUUACAACAUUUUUCAUAAAAUUAUCAUAUCAGAAUUUUCGUGAUAAUUAUGUGAUGAAUUAAAUAUUUUUAACUUUUUCAUGACAAUUAUCAUAACUAAGAUAGACUUAAAGCUAAAACGGUUAGUCUUCU